GGCUGCUCCCGGCGGGUCGGCCCGGCCCGAGGACCCGCUGCUGAUUGGCUGAGCUGCCGGGCGGAAGUGAUGCUACUGUCACUGGCUCCUCAGGUUCCCGGGAAGCCGCGAGUUUCCGCAGGGAGGCGGCGGCAGCAGCUGCGGCCGGGCCGGUCUGCAGUCUGUGCUCAGAGUCAGCCCUACUCAAAGCCAAAGGGAUGCCUGUUCUUCGUUUGCACAAAAUGAGCGUGAGGUGGUUCGCCAGACCCAGAGCUCGCCCUCACUCGGAGUCCAGCCUACUGCUCUGAUGCCGAAGGGGAGGCAGAAAGUGCCACACUCAGAUGCCCCCCUGGGCCUGCCUGCUCGCCUCUGGCUGGAGUUAGCCGGGCUCUUCCUUCUGCUUCCCUGGGUUAUGGGCCUGGUGGGGGCAGGUGGGCCUGGGGCCCAGGGUCCAGGGGGGCUAAGUUGGGCUGUGCAUCUGGACCACCCAGAAGGCGAGGGGGAAGCUGAUUUGCUGGAGCAGCAGGCAGAUGCCUUGGCCCAGGCAGCAGGGCUGGUGAACGCAGGACGCAUCGGGGAGCUGCAGGGACACUAUCUCUUGGUCCAGCCAGCUGGACACCCGCAGCCCCAGCAGGCCGAGGCCGUCCGGCAGCAGGUGGAGGCCGUGCUGGCCAGGCACGAAGCUGUGCGCUGGCACUCAGAGCAGAGACUGCUUAAGCGGGCCAAGCGCAGCAUCCACUUCAAUGACCCCAAGUACCCACAGCAGUGGCACCUGAAUAACCGGCGGAGCCCUGGCAGGGACAUCAACGUGACGGGGGUGUGGGAGCGCAAUGUGACCGGGCGAGGGGUGACGGUGGUGGUCGUGGACGACGGCGUGGAGCACACCAUCCAGGACAUCGCUCCCAACUAUAGCCCUGAGGGCAGCUAUGACCUCAACUCUAAUGACCCUGACCCCAUGCCCCACCCGGAUGUGGAGAAUGGCAACCACCAUGGCACACGGUGCGCGGGAGAGAUCGCUGCUGUGCCCAACAACAGCUUCUGUGCAGUGGGAGUGGCCUACGGGAGCCGCAUAGCAGGUAUCCGGGUACUGGAUGGACCCCUCACAGACAGCAUGGAGGCCGUGGCAUUCAACAAGCACUAUCAGAUCAAUGACAUCUACAGCUGCAGCUGGGGACCAGAUGACGAUGGAAAGACAGUGGAUGGCCCCCAUCAGCUUGGGAAGGCUGCCUUGCAACAUGGGGUGAUCGCUGGCCGCCAGGGCUUUGGGAGCAUCUUUGUGGUGGCCAGUGGCAAUGGGGGCCAGCACAACGACAACUGCAACUAUGACGGCUAUGCCAACUCCAUCUACACGGUCACCAUAGGUGCUGUGGACGAGGAGGGACGGAUGCCCUUUUACGCAGAGGAGUGCGCCUCCAUGCUGGCGGUCACCUUCAGCGGCGGGGACAAGAUGCUCCGGAGCAUUGUGACCACAGACUGGGACCUUCAGAAGGGCACGGGCUGCACUGAGGGCCACACGGGGACCUCAGCCGCAGCCCCCCUGGCGGCUGGCAUGAUAGCCCUGAUGCUGCAGGUGCGGCCCUGCCUCACGUGGCGUGACGUCCAGCACAUCAUCGUCUUCACAGCCACCCAGUAUGAGGAUCGCCACGCAGACUGGAUCACCAACGAGGCCGGCUUCAGCCACAGCCACCAACACGGAUUCGGGCUGCUCAAUGCCUGGAGACUAGUCAAUGCAGCCAAGAUCUGGACGUCUGUCCCGUACUUAGCUUCCUACGUCAGCCCCGUGUUGAAAGAGGACAAGGCUAUCCCGCUGUCAGCCCGCCCCCUGGAGGUCCUGUGGAAUGUCAGCAGGACAGACCUGGAGAUGUCGGGGCUGAAGACCCUGGAGCACGUGGCCGUGACAGUCUCCAUCACUCACCCGAGACGCGGCAGCUUGGAAGUGAAGCUCUUCUGCCCGAGUGGCAUGAUGUCCCUCAUCGGUGCCCCCCGCAGUAUGGACUCGGACCCCAACGGCUUCAACGAUUGGACCUUUUCCACCGUGCGGUGCUGGGGGGAAAGAGCAAGAGGGACCUACAGACUCGUCAUCCGGGAUGUGGGAGAUGAGAAGUCCCAGGCCGGCAUCCUCCGGCAGUGGCAGCUGACCCUAUAUGGCUCUGUGUGGAGUCCAGUAGACAUCAGGGACAGACAAAGGCUACUAGAAAGUGCCAUGAGUGGGAAAUACCUGCAUGAUGGCUUCACGCUGCCCUGCCCCCCCGGGCUGAAAAUCCCUGAGGAAGAUGGUUAUACCAUCACGCCGAACACCCUCAAGACCCUGGUGCUGAUAGGCUGUUUCACUGUCUUCUGGACCAUUUACUACAUGCUGGAGGUAUACCUGAGCCAGAGGAAUGUGGCCUCUCACCCAGUGUGUAGGAGUGGACCCUGCCACUGGCCCCAGCAAAGCCGAAAAGCCAAGGAGGAGGGGACAGAACUAGAAGCAGUGCCCCUUUGCAGCAGCCAGGAUCCAGGUGGAGUGGGGACGGAGAGUGAGGGCCCUUCCGCCCCCUCCAGGCUCCGCGCCCCAGACCUGCUGGAUCAAGGGGACUGGAGCCUGUCCCAGAACAGAGGUGCCCUGGACUGCCCUCAGCGCCUCCCCCCAGACCUGCUACAGGGGAAGGGCGAGCAGAUUUGCUGACCCAGGGCCUGACAGCUUACAUGGGAGAGGCUCCUCCUUCCUAGGACUUCCUUCCAACGCCCCAGGAGCUCUGGGGAGAAGGCAGCAGAGGCUUACGGCGGGGACCAGAGGCCUAAAGAGUCCCCCCAACUAAAGACUAUGCUCAGGGAGGCCCAGGGCCUUCCGAAGGUUAAGCCGCAGAGGAGUAGUGCCUGAGAACAGUCUGGCAACAGCCCUGAAACCUUCCAACAACUGAACAGGAGCCUUUGGUGAGGUCUUGGACCCGGGAUUGGUGCCGCCACCGGGCAGUCCUCCAUCCUCAUUUCUCCAGGGCAAGCCAGCAGUGUGGGUCACAGGGACCCUCACCCGUGCAUGACCAGAAGAGCGUCUCAGCCGAAACAUCACUGGAGCCGCUUGCGAAGAGGCCUUAGGGAUGGAGGCCGGGAAGAGUCCCGGACGUGCCUGUCCGUUCCGUGGCCUGGGGGCCAGAAACAGCAGCCCCUUCCUCUCUCCCUCUCACCUUCCAGCCUAAGCCUUGGACCUCUGACAUGUUGGUACGGCAAUCAGCCCUCAGUUCAGCACACUUGCCCUGAAAGCAGCUGCCUCCAUAAGCCCUGAUCAGAAGCCAACCUCGAACACACCCCAACUCCUCCACCAUCACCCCUCACCCUUCAUCCUGAAGGAUCGGUACGAUGCCCCGCAAGGCUGGGGACAGGCAUGGCCCGCAGGCCUGGGCUGCUUCACUGGGGGAGUCUGGGGCAGGACUGGGGCAGGUGGAACAGGUGUCAGUUCAGUCAGUGCCCCUCCAGCCCUGCGACACCCCGUCUUCCUCUGCAAAGUGCUCAGGGAAAUGGCCUUGCCCAGCGGAAGCCCGCCACCUGCCUGACCGACAGGCUGCGACUCUUCCUCCCAUUCCGGCCUCCUCUCCUCUUCUGAGCUAGCUGGCUGAUUGAUUUUUUUUUUUUUAACGCUUAAGAUUUGGUUUUCUCUUUUCACAGUGACAUUUUGUUGAAUCUUUUCUGCGCAGCUUUUCCAAAAUAAAAACCUUCCACACAA